AUGUUUGUGUUCACAGGUGAAGACACGGGGACUGACCACUCAAGUAGCGCAGAUCUUAAGCACCAGGCAGCCGUCAACCCACUUUCAGUACACUCAACGACUGAGCCAGAGGAGCAAGAAGAGGGGGCCGGGGACAGCAUCAGCAGCAGCGCCGGAACUUCAGCCACACAUGACCCCUCACCUCACAAACGGCGGCGCUCGGAUCACGGUUGCGCCAAGCCGCGACGCGCCAGGACUGCCUUCACAUACGAACAACUGGUGGCCCUGGAGAACAAAUUCCGCUCUACGAAAUACCUGUCAGUGUGUGACAGACUCAACCUGGCUCUGUCCCUCAGCCUCACCGAGACGCAGGUCAAGAUCUGGUUCCAGAACAGAAGAACCAAGUGGAAGAAACAGAACCCGGGCGCGGACAGCACGAUGUCGCCUGGGUCGAACUCUUUGGUCAGCGUCAACCCAUGUCCUGUGACGUGUGUCUCGAGUUCAGCCAGUUACCAAACUUUCCCGUCCUUCAGCUCUGGGAAUAUGAUCUUCCAUACUGCCGCGGUUCCUUUGUCGUCCACUGGAGGGCUGUUACAUCACUUCUUGCCCAAUGGUUAUCAUCUCCAGCCAUCCUACUUUACCCCACAUUUAUGAGACCUGACCUACUUCGUCUAUGGAGACUUGAGGAUGGACACACCGAGAUAGGAUUAUAACUAGGUAUUGGACUCUCUCUCACAAAAGUGUAAUUUUUAACACUGUCUGUUGAACGAGGUCAUGACAGACAUUAGUCUGCACCAUCAAAUGAUAACCAGAAGAAUAACUUCAGACUCCUCCCACUGGCCAAAAACUGGUUGAAUCAAUGUUGUUUCCAUGUCAUUUCAACCCCCCAAAAUCAAUGUGGUGACAUUGAAUUAACAUGGAAAACUGAUUGGAUUUGCAAAAAGUCAUCAACAUAAGGGAAUUCUGUCCUUUUUUCACUCAACUUUUAACCUAAAUCCAAUGGCCAGGUCACAUUUUUGGUUGAUUUCAUGUUGAAUUCACAUUAGUUUGCAACUCAACAAAAUGUAAAUCAAAACUAGACGUUGAACUGACAGUGGGUUGUUCGAUGAUGGAGAGAAAUGUCGGGACAGAGCCUUUUCUGACACAUGGGUGGUGAACAAGACUAUUUAUCUUUACUGUAUCUGAUGAUGUAUACCAACAGUCCAUGUGGAGAUCUUGCUGUACAGCUGCUUAUCAUGGAGGGCCAAAUAAAUACGCAAACCUGCUGCAUGCAGAUAUCUACAUAAUUAACAUCCUUCAGUGUAUGUAGGAACUAUAGAGAUUGUUGGCCUGCCAUAAUGAACUUAAACAAUAUCCCGUUUUCUCUAUCUCUGUAUUUGACUCUAUCUGGAGCAAAAUGUAGCAUGACACAAACCAUCUCUCCUUACUGUAUGUUUGGGUCUGUC